GAGCUACGACAGCCCCAGACGCAGCGCAAGAGUUGCAGACGGGCGCAGACGCGGCACAUGUUUGUCCCCAGGAAGCGGAGGCUGCGGCGGAAACUCCUCACUCAGCUGAGGACCGAGGCGCUAUAGCAGCCCCAGAAGCAGCGCAAGAUGCGGAGAUGGGCGCAGACGCUGCAUACCCCUCUUUGCUGGAACUGGACGCUGCCGGGGAAGCUCCUCAGCCAACUGAAGCAGGCAUCGCGCAAGGCGAUGAAGCUCCUCAGGAGGCAAGAGCAGAAGCACUGGCGGAAGAAGCAACUGACGAGCCUGACGAGGCAGCUGAGGCUGCCUUAGACCUUGCGGCAGAGGAGCAGCUACGGGCUUCGGCGGCAGCAAGUCUGCAGGCGGCUGCAGCAGCCGCACCAACAUUGCCAUCACCAGCACCAGAGGAGGAGGCAGAGGACUAUGCAGCGUCAGCGGCCGCAUUGGCGGCGGCCGUCAUGGAACUCGCGGAGAGCUUCCAGGAAGGAGAUGAUCCGGGCCCAUUGAUGCUCGCGGUGGAUCGUGCAGAGGGAGUGCUGGAGGCUCUGGCUGGCGAGGAGGUGACCGAGGAUGUCCCCGAAGUAGCUGCGGAGGAGGAGGUUGUGGAUGGCUUUGCAGCGUUGGCAAAGGCUUUAGCGGAGGCCGAACGUGAGGAGGCCGAGGCAGCGGCGGCGGCAGCCGUUGUGGUCGUCGAUGCUGACGCACCGGUGCCGCGAAAGCGUCGGCGUUUCUGA